AUGGAUGAAGACGAGAUGCCAAGGUUUUCUAGCGUUCUUCAGCCAUCAAGUGAUGUCGCUAUUGAAGAAAGCGGUUUACUUGGAACACGUCGUGGUUGGGCAAAUAUAAAUCGGUAUGAAAUCAUCUUUCUAAUUGUUGGUGUAUUAGCUGCAAUAGCUACAGACACUUUAACCAUCAUACGUCUUCUUGAUAUCGAUGAUAAAGAAACAAAUCCUGACUUUGCAUACGGUCUACUUAUUCUCGUUAAUUCAAUAUUUCUUCUACUAUUUCUUUUUACUGGAAUUUGGUAUCAACGUAUUGCUCAUAUUGUAGCUUUCUGUGCCAGUGCCGCUAUGCUUACUAUAUAUGUUAUUGUACACUACAUUGCUCGUAGCAAAGAAAUUGAUACCGAUCAUAGAGCAGCAACAAUUCGUCUUAUUAGAUUGAUUUUUACAAUUGUUUUUAACUGUUGUUUUAUUCCAUUGGCAAUAUUUGUUAUUAAAGAUUAUAGGCGAGAUGAAUUUUCAAAACGAAUUUUUGGCGUUUUUCCUGCAGCACGCCGUCCGCUUAAAAUUUACAAUAUAUUUGAUUGCAUAGUACGUAUUAAUACAAUGCUUUCAAUUUCAACUUUCGUCCUCAAUUUAUACAAUUUUAAUGAUUAUAAAGUAAUCGAUAUAUUUUUACUCAGUUUUGGUAUUCCUUUAGCAUUGGUAUGGUUAAGCAUCGCUAUUGGCAUGGUUCGUCUUGAAAAUUCUAUAUUAGUUGGUAUUUUCUAUCUUAUUUCAUUAUUUCAACCGGCAUUUCUAGUUUUUGCAGCGUAUAGUGCCAUUACACAUUCACCAACUGCCAUAUCAACGACAACAACACUUGCAACGACGAUUUCUACGAUCUCAUCGGUUGCAUCGACAACAGCAAUUACAACAAUGAUGUCCACAGUUUCAUCACUCACAUCUACAACAACACUUGCAACGACGAUGUCUACUAUCUCAUCAGUUGCACCGACAACAACAAUUACAACAAUGAUGUCCACAGCCUCAUUACUUACAUCUACAGAAGCAUUAACAACAAUGAAAGCCAUCGAUCCGGAAAUUGUAACCAUAGGAUUCAAUUAUUUAAAGCUAACAGCAGCAGUCCUUGUGCCUGUACCCAAAGCACUUUACGUGUGCAUAGCAGCAAAUCUUCUUACGCAUAUAUCAUCGAUGAUUUUUGCUUUUAUUUGCAUUCUUAAUUUUCGCAAAGGUCUCAAAGAGAAAAUAUUUAAUAAUCGAUUAGAUAAAUGGUUUCAACAACGUUGGUCCAGCGCUGAAAAGAAAGUUGAUGUAUCAGAGAUUUGA